ACCCCCUUGACCCACCUCGCCAGACCAAAGAAGAGGAGCCGAUCCACAGGAGACACCACGAUGAACACGCUACCCGGGAUGCUGGUCGCACUCACGUGCGGACUGGCCGCGUACGCCGACGUCAUGCCCGUUCAGGAUUUUGAUCUGCAGAGGAUGGCCGGCAAGUGGUACAUGGUCGGCUUUGCCACCAAUGCGCCUUGGUUUGUGAACCGCAGGGGAAGCAUGAAGGUCGGGACCGCAGUCAUCGUGCCAACCGAAGGGGGAGACAUGGACCUCACUUAUGCCCACAUAAAGGAUGAUGGCACCUGCUGGAAAAUGACUCAUCUCGCUCAAAAAACCGAAACUCCCGGCCGCUUCACCUUCCAUAGCCAAGUUUGGAACAACGACAACGACAUGCGCGUCGUCCGAGUCCUGUAUGACAACUUUGCGUUGAUCCACACGAUCAAGACAAAGGAGGGAGUCUCGGAGGUUUUGAACAAACUUUACACUCGCUCUCCCGAUGUCGGGGUGGCCCUGCAGCAGGCAUUCGCCGACUUCUGCACGGAGACCGGCAUCCUGCCUGAAAACGUCGCCAUCCUCCCCAAUGCUCCCGAGUGUCCUGAGGCCUGACGAGUUUCCUCCGACGCCCCCGUCAGGCAGAUCCGCUCCACACACCCGCUUUGCGCAACUUGCAUUUCCAUUUCACACGACGGCUGUAAAUAAAACGAAGAGUGGCAGAGAGAAAAUAUGUCGGUUGAAACUUUAUUUUUCUUUUCAUCUACUGAUUUGCUUACCAACAAGCCAAUAAAAAUAAGUGGAAACAAA